CGUCACACUCACGUGACCAGUGAAGCCGGAAGAUAAAGCAGAGGGUUUGAGGGGAAGGUUCCGGUCACGUGACCCGCGAGGAGUUUGGAACUGAGACCAGGAGAAACGCCUGAAUGGAGGGCAGAGGGAAGAAAAGUCAUCUCUGUGUGAAGAGGAGGAGUGUCGCUGACCCCAAGCAGGAAGCAAAAUCCAGUUGCAGCUUUAUAGUGAGUGGCACCAAGACUGAAGGAGGAGGUUUCAGUGAUGAGGAACAUCUAGAUAUGAAGCAGCCAGACAAUGGCAUCAGUGAGGAGUCUUGUGGAAGACAUGAGCGUCCAGACUGUAAAAGUGAUCCCCACGGGGAGCAGGAACCUGAUCCAUACAGUGAUGCUCUAGGAUCCGCUCUUGGUAACAGCCCUGUGGCUAAUUAUGUUCAUGUGCAGAUAAAAGAGGAGCCGGAAUGGUGGGAUGAAGCAGAUGUUUCUGAUUACAGAAUUGUUACAGUGAAUGAUCACAUGGAUGAUGAGUCCAGCAUGGAGAGCGGCUCCUCACCAGAUUAUCCAUCAGAUGCCAUUAAGGAAGAGUCCGACUACUGUCCAGAUGGAGAUCCUUCUGAUUUCAAAAUUGUGGUUGUUUCUGAUCCAGCGCAGGAGUCGGAAUUUCCAGCUGCUAUGGAUACGAACACGGGCAAUAUGUACAUGUGCCAGCUCUGCAACUCUGGCUUCCCCACUAAGCGCAAGCUCCUCAGGCACGAGAGAACUCACGCUGAAGAGAAACCCUUUGCCUGUUUCGACUGUGGCAAAUGUUUUACCCAGUGCACUGACCUCAAUGUGCAUCAGAGAACUCACACAGGGGAGAAACCAUUCACCUGCACUGAAUGCAACAAAUGCUUCAGACACAAGACCCAGCUGUUACUCCACCAGAAGAACCACACGGGGGAGAAGCCACACACGGGGGAGAAGCCACACACGGGGGAGAAGCCACACUCAGGGGAGAAGCCGCACUCAGGGGAGAAGCCAUACAUUUGCUCCGAGUGUGGGAAAACAUUCAAGUGGCGCUCGGUCCUGAUCAAGCAUCACAAGACUCACGAACGUAAAAAGACAUUUUCUUGUCCUGACUGUGAGAAAUGCUUCAAGACAUUUUGUGAGCUGUCGUUGCACCGUAAGACUCACGUCAAGAAUUCGUUCUCUUGCUCGCAAUGCGACGAGAGCUUUGUGCAACGCUCAGAACUGGAGCUGCAUCGGCAACUGCACUCGGGAGACAAGCAGUUCACUUGCUCAGAGUGUGGCAAAUGCUUCAAACGCUUCUCACUUCUCAAGGAGCAUCACCGCAUUCACACGGGAGAGAACACCUUCACCUGCGAUGAGUGUGGCAAGUGCUUUACACAGAAGUCGCAUAUGACUGCGCACCAGAAGAGUCACCUGGGGAAGAAGCCAUUUUGUUGUUCAGAAUGUGGGAAGCACUUUAAGCAAAACUCACAGCUGGUUGUGCACCAGAGAACUCACACGGGGGAGAAACCAUUCACUUGCACUGAGUGCGGCCAAUGGUUUAAGCUGCAGUCGUACCUCACUGAGCAUCAGAAAUCUCACACUGGAGAGAAGCCAUUCUCCUGUUCUGACUGCGGCAAGUGUUUCAAACGUCACUCACUCUUCAUUGAGCAUCAGAGAAUCCACACAGGAGAGGACACGUUUUCUUGUUCUGUUUGUGAAAAAACCUUUACACGCCGCUCCCAUCUCACAGCCCACGAAAAGUGCCACGAGGAAAAUAACCCUUUCCCUUUUCUAAAUACCCUCACGUUUCCAGGCUUAGCACAGAUCUUUGAGGACUAGUUAACAACCUGUUAAUUGUGCUUAGUACAAGGAAUACCUACACUGCCAUAGUUUUAUGGGAUCUCUCUGUACAGACUAUGAGCAAACUUAGGGGCUGUUCCUGCUGAAUUGUGCUUAGUACAGGGGAAUACCUAUGCUGCCAUAGUUUUAUGGGAUCUCUCUGUACAGACUAUGAGCAAACUUAGGGGGCUGUUCCUGCUGAAUUGUGCUUAGUACAGGGAAUACCUAUGUACCAUAGUUUUAUGGGAUCUCUCUGUACAGACUAUGAAAAUAAUGGAGUCUUAUGCAAGGCUGAAAGGUAUGAUUUAGUCAGUAACACCUUCAUGAAAUCCAGGGAAAUAUAAUUCCAGUAAUAUUUGUUAAAAAAAAAAAAAAAAGCUUGUGUUCCCUUGAUUGGGUUAUUCCCCCUUUAAAUGAUUAGGGAUGGAAUAGGCAGUGGGAUUGCUUCCAUAGCUUUUGUGAGUCCCACCUUCCUUAGGGGCCAAUAAGAAUAACCCAGUCUAUGACAUACAAAGAGCUGUGGUUCUUACACAUAUCUGUAGGCCUUUUGCCCAACAUGUUUCCAGUGCUAAAUCAGCUCUUCCUGAAGGGGCAGCACUUCUGGGUCAAGAGCUAAAGGCAAUAAUAGCAAAAUGUCUGGCAAUUUGCUUUUAGCUGUGAGGGAGCAGAAGUGGCCAAUUGAAUGCAGCCUUUAAACAAGAGAUUGUUGUGACAAAGUACUUUGUUGCUCUGUUCAGUUCAUGCCAUAUUGUGUCACAGUAUUAAUAUAAUGAUUCCAGUGCAGAGUCAUUUAACCCACUAGCCCCUGAUCUGUUAAAGACAUAGGAGGUAGAAGGGGUCAGGGACCACCAAUGAAUGUACAAGCCAUGCAACUCGCACAUCGUUGUCUUGUAUUAAGCACAGUGAACUGGGGGUUCUGACUUAUGUAUGAGUGCAGUUGUGUGUAAUAUCAUAUCACUCAUUAAACUGAGGAGCCAAAGAGAA